AUGCCUCUGACUUUUUCUUUUUUUUCAGGAGCUAUCCUUAUUAUGUUUUGGUGUGUAAUCUGGUCAUUCUCAGGCUCUGAAGUUCUUCCUGGUGGAAGUUUAUUUGGACUUUUAAUUAUUUUUUAUUGUGCUAUUCUUGGGGGAAAACUUUUGGAAGUCAUUAAAAUACCUUCAGUGCCUCAACUUCCACCACUUCUUGGAAUGUUACUGGCUGGUUUUAUACUCAGGAAUAUUCCAUUCUUGAGUCAGUACAUCUACAUUAGUAGCACCUGGUCUUCAAAUUUAAGAAACACUGCCCUUACCAUUAUCCUAAUACGAGCUGGGCUUGGACUCGAUCCAGAGGCUUUGAAGCAUUUGAAAACAGUUUGUCUAAGAUUGUCUAUGGGUCCAUGCCUUAUAGAGACAUGUUCAGCUGCUGUUUUUUCUCACUUGAUUAUGAAAUUUCCCUGGAAAUGGGCAUUUCUAUUAGGUUUUGUAGUAGGUGCUGUCUCUCCUGCUAUUGUUGUCCCUUCCAUGCUGCUUUUGCAAGAAGAUGGAUAUGGUAUUGAGAAAGGCAUUCCAACCUUACUAAUAGCUGCUAGCAGUUUGGAUGACAUUCUGGCUAUCACUGGAUUUAAUGCAUGCAUGGGCAUAGUCUUCUCCUCAGGUAAUAUACUUCAUAUUCUCCUCGUUUCUUUGUUGGAGGUAUCUAUUGGUGUGGUGCUAGGAGCUGUUUUGGGAUAUUUUCUUCGAUAUUUUCCAAGUAGAGACCAGACAAAACUUCCCUGGAAGAGAGCAUUUCUUGUUUUGGUUAUGUGUGUUUCUGCUGUCUUAGGCAGCCAGCGUAUUGGUUUACAUGGAGCUGGAGGGUUGUGCACGCUAGUGUUGACUUUCGUUUCAGGAAUUUAUUGGUCCAGAGAAAAGAUUAGAGUCCAAAAAAUUGUUGCAGCUACAUGGAAUAUUUUUCAACCCCUUCUUUUUGGCUUGGUUGGAUCAGAAGUAUCUGUUUCAUCUCUUCCAUCAAGUGCUAUUGGCGUUUGUGUUGCUACCUUGAGUUUGGCACUGUUGGCACGAAUUUUUGCCACAUUUUUAUUGAUGUGUUUUGCUGGUUUUAGUUUUAAGGAAAAAGUAUUUAUUGCUUUAGCAUGGAUGCCCAAAGCUGCAGUCCAGGCUGUAUUAGGUCCUCUGGCUCUAGAAUCAGCAAGAAUCAGCGCACACCAUUUGGAAGGGUAUGCCAUGGAUGUGAUGACAUUAGCAUUUUUAUCCAUUUUGAUCUCCGCUCCAAAUGGAGCUCUUCUUAUUGGCAUACUGGGGCCCAAAAUGCUUACCCGCACUGAUCCAAGACACUAUAAAAAGUCUGUUGGUACACUAUUAAUACAUCAUUAAAAAAUUUAUUUGCCACCACCUGCCUGGUUCUUUUAAUAAAUUAUCUUAAAUGAGAGAAAAAUCAAAAAUUACAAAUAUGUGGAGAUUGCACAUUGAACCCACUAUUUAGUAAAUAUGUGACCUUGUUAUAUGGCUUACCUGUAAUUUUUAUUCUGAAGUUAAUUUAAUAAAAAUAGUAUUAAAUGAAAUGACCCCUUAGUAUUAAAUAAAUUUGUAAAUACUCUAGGAUAGUUUAAAAUGAUUAUAAGGCUUAAUUUAAUGUCAUAACACAAACUAAGCAUAAUGAAAAAUAUAAUGAACUAAUGACAAAGACAAAACUCUAAAUAUUAAACUUAGAUAUUCAUAAGUCUCCAAACAGAAGGAAUGGAACUCUCCAUCACUUUAGUAAUUCAGUUAAAAAGCCCACCAGAAAAAGAAGAGAAAUAAAAAAUGACUGGAAUAAAACAUAUCAACUGUGAAUUGAAUGUUGUUUUUGUAGGUGCCGCCAAGUCGGUUCCAACUCAUAGCGACCCUAUGUACAACAGAAGGAAACACUGCCUGGUUCUGCACCACACUCACAAUUGUUGCUAUGCUUGAGCCCAU